AUGGCCGCAAGAACCGGGAUGCUAACAGCAAAUGUAGGUGCAAUACCCACAUUCAAUCGAGUAGGGAACGUGGGCACAAUCCCCGACAUAACACUAGUGACAGAAAACUGCGCGCACAAAUUCGCCGAGUGGAAAGUCCUUGAUACCUAUAACGGAAGUGACCACUGCUAUAUUAUGUUUGACAUAGCAGAAAACGAAGUGACUACAUUAGCACCAACGAGGAACGGAUGGAACGCUAAUCGACUGGACAAAGAAAGGCUUAUUCGAGAAAUUGACGUAAGGCUGAACCGACAGAGAGGCGGUAACAUAAUCAACAACAACAUGACAACCAUAAGGCAGGCCUGCAACGCUGCAAUGCCUAAAAUGGGCAAUCCUCGCAGACAAGGACAAGAAGCGAACUGGUGGACCCAAGAGAUUAAAGCUCUCAGAGAAACGUGUAUAAAAAACAGACGCCGCCUUACGAGGGCUAGACGGAGAGGGAUCUUUACAGAAGAAGAGAGCCCAUUUAAGAAAUCCAAGAAGGAUUUAAAUAUUGCCAUCCGAAAAAGCAAAACGGAGAAAUGGAAACGCCUCUGCAACGAUGUCAAUAGUGACCCAUGGGAGCUCGGAUAUAAAAUCGUGAUGAAGAAGCUCAGAACAAGAAAUCCAACACCGGAUCUAGAGGAAGAGCAAAUGGACCAAAUAGUCAAAGCACUAUUUCCCGCCCAUACAAAUAGCAUAGCGAGGACUACUCCACCAAUAGCUGAACACCAGAUCGAGCUCUUCACUGAGGACGAGCUACUGAAAUCGGCAAAAACCUUAAAAGGAAGAAGGCCUCAGGGCCCGAAAACAUUCCAGCAGAAGUCCUAA